GCUUCCUCCGCCUCACUAGCUCCGCCACAUAUCUCGCCGCCGGCCACCAUCCACAAAGAAUCCAAUUGAUCGGCGCCCUUUACACUUGCUGGCAUCAAUCGGAAACCCACCUCCAUCUUUCGCAGUUUUUCAACGGGAGGAUUUCUCUUUUUUUACAAUUGCAAUUCAGUGAUACAAUGUCAUGGUCAAGGCUUUCCUGUAGAAUCAUUCUCCAUCGUUCCAAGAAUCUUGGGCAUUUCUCUCAUGAACCCAGGUUUGUUCUUCCUAAUGUUUUAUGUCAGAGGUAUUGCUUGAUCAGAGCCUCUACUGAGUCCACGCAAUAUUCUCACCAUGAUGCUUGGGGUCUAAUGCCAAGACGUGGAUUGAGCAUAGGAUCAUGUAAUAAAUCUUUCUGCUUCCGUCCUUAUGAUCCUCAGUGUAUUAGAAGAUCUCCUUCUUUGCUUAGCAUUCAGCGGCAUUAUGCUUCUCAAGCUUUGAACGAGAAGAAAUCUAGAAAGAUGCUUGUAUACCUUACAGCACUGGUUUUUGCAAUGGUGGGACUUACUUAUGCUGCUGUACCUUUGUACCGGAGAUUCUGCCAAGCUACGGGGUAUGGGGGUACCAUACAGCGUCGUGAGACCGUUGAAGAAAAGAUUGCUAGGCAUGCCAAAGAUGGAACAGUCUCAACCAGGGAGAUAGUUGUCCAGUUUAAUGCUGAUGUCUCUGAUGGAAUGCAAUGGAAAUUUGUUCCCACUCAAAGAGAGGUAAGAGUCAAACCAGGAGAGAGCGCCCUUGCAUUUUAUACUGCUGAAAAUAAGAGCUCAAAAGCAAUAACUGGCAUGUCUACAUAUAAUGUCACCCCAAUGAAGGCUGCUAUAUACUUCAACAAAAUCCAGUGUUUUUGCUUUGAGGAGCAGCGUCUUCUUCCUGGAGAGCAGGUUGACAUGCCUGUUUUCUUCUACAUUGACCCUGAGUUUGAAACAGAUCCUAAAAUGGACGGUAUCAACAACCUGAUCUUGUCCUAUACAUUUUUCAAGAUUUCCGAGGAAUGAAGGAAGAAUUCAGUUAUCAAAUUCAGAGAAUGAUGGAUGUGAGAAUAAAAACAGCCAAUUCAAGGAACCAAACAUGAUUUUGUGUAGAAUGACUAGAAAGGAAGAAAUGUUCCUUUAUAUGAACUUUAGAGUUUAGACUAUAAUUCAAAUGCUAUGUUAUUUUCAUUUUUAUUCCAAGUUAAUUGGACAGGUGAAUGUACAAUGGUAUAACGGUUUGUUUAAUAUCAAUAAAAAAAAAAAAAAUUG